GGCGCGCAAAAAAUCAACAUACAAAAAAGUUUGACAUCAUUUAUCUCUUGUAAAAUUUUACAAGACGCUCGCCGCCCAGUUUUACCUAUUUCUACCGUACUUUUGCAUCCGAAAUGGCCACAUUCCAAAUACACGACGAUUACUCCUCUUUAGUGGAAAACAAGAAACCGAAGAAUCUUCAGUUUGCGAAAAAACUCAAGUCGAAUAUCCCAAGAAUUGCCCUUCAGCCCAUCCAUACCUUCCAACAGAACGCCAAACGACCCAAACCGGUGGAAAAAGAAGAUCCUGCAAAAAUGCUAGCGGUGAGUACUGCCGUAGUAUCGAAACCCGAAGCCCAGGUCCCUGAGGUCGAUUAUCCCGUCAAAACGAUUAGAUUUAAACCGGUGUUCAAAAAGACGAAUUUGAUUUCAAAAACAAAUAAUUUAAUUGAGAAAGAGUACGAGGAGGAGAUUCUGAGAUACUUAUUCGCUCUUGAGAAAAGGGCACAAAUCAUCAAGCCGCAUUACAUGACAAAGCAAUUACAUUUGAACUGGGAAAUGAGAAGUGUGCUUAUAGACUGGCUCGUGAGUGUAGCUCAUGAGUACAAGAUGAGUAACAAUACAGUACAUUUGACGGUAAAUUAUCUCGACCGGUUUUUGAGCAACAUCUCGGUGAUAAGAGGAAAAUUACAAUUGGUUGGAGCCACAGCAAUGAUGAUAGCCGGCAAAAUCGAAGAAAUCUACCCACCGGACUCCAAGGAAUGGUCCUAUUUGACCAGAGACGCAUUUAGCGUUGAUCAGAUCCACAAAAUGGAGCAACUUAUGCUCAAAGUCCUCAAUUUUGAGAUGAACCCGCCCACCAUCUUAGAUUUCAUCAAAAGACUCUGUACCAAACACAAGAUCGAUAAGAAAACCAUGUAUCUAGCUAUGUAUUUAAGCGAGUUGGUCCUACUCGAAGGCGACGAAUAUUUGCAACAUUUCCCGUCGAAAUUAGCAUCCGCGGCUUUGGCUCUAGCACGCUACACAUUAUCUAAAUCGGACCCUUGGAACAGGAAAUUGGAGGAAACGGCCGGCUAUACCUUGAAACAGUUGAGCCCAGUGGUCCAGAAACAGCAAAAGACGUUCAAGAGUUCACCGUUUAAGGAACACCAGGCCAUACAGAAGAAGUAUGCCAGUGAGAAGUACCAGAGGGUGGCGCUUCUAAAACCGCGAAUUUUGGAGCUCGAUGGUGAGGAGUAAUUAUAGGAAAUAGGUACAUGUGACUAAAAUUGUUUCAAUUGUUGUAAAUUACAUGUGAGGGAGUAAUAAAGUAUUGUCAAGUUUUA